CGGGGAACGCGCGGAGCGAGCGAGCGAGCGAGCGAGGCGAGUGAGGAGGCUGGAGACGGCCGGGACUGCUCUGUGUCUCGCUCUCUCUCUCUCUCUCUCUCUCGCUUGUGUCUCCCCCUCGAGCUCUCGGUCCUCCCCGCCCUCCCCCUUCCCCCCCAACCCGCCCUCCCCUCUCUCUCUCUCUCUCUCUCUCUCGCUCUCUCUUUUCACGUCACGGGACGGGACGCCGCGCGGACCGUGGGGGAAAAGGAGGCAGCGGCAAGCGCCUCGCGGGGCCCGACCAGCAGCUUGAACCAUGGGCAAGGGGGACCCCAAAAAACCUCGGGGGAAGAUGUCGUCGUAUGCCUUCUUCGUGCAGACCUGCCGGGAGGAACACAAGAAGAAGCAUCCAGACGCCUCGGUCAACUUUUCAGAGUUCUCCAAGAAAUGCUCGGAGAGGUGGAAGACCAUGUCCGCCAAGGAGAAGGGGAAGUUUGAGGACAUGGCCAAGGCCGACAAGGCCCGCUACGAGCGGGAGAUGAAGUCCUACAUCCCCCCCAAGGGCGAACCCAAGAAGAAGUUCAAGGACCCCAACGCCCCCAAGAGGCCCCCCUCGGCCUUCUUCCUCUUCUGCUCCGAGUACCGCCCCAAGAUCAAGGGCGAGCACCCGGGCCUGUCCAUCGGCGACGUGGCCAAGAAGCUGGGGGAGAUGUGGAACAACACAGCCGCCGACGACAAGCAGCCGUACGAGAAGAAGGCGGCCAAGCUGAAGGAGAAGUACGAGAAGGACAUCGCCGCCUACAGAGCUAAAGGCAAGCCGGACGCCGCCAAGAAGGGGGUCGUGAAGGCCGAGAAGAGCAAGAAGAAGAAGGAGGAGGAGGACGACGAAGAGGAGGAGGAGGACGAGGAGGAAGAAGAGGAGGAGGAGGACGAGGAGGAGGAGGAGGACGACGAUGACGAAUAAUAAGUCGGUUCCGGCGCAGUUUUCAUUCUCGUUUUAUUAAUUUUUGGUUUUCGUUGUUUUCGGGUUUUUUUUUUUUUUGUUCUGUUUUACUUUUUUUUUUUUUCCUCUCGUCUAUAAAAGCAUUUAACCCCCCCUUGUACACAGCUCACUUCACUCCUUUGAAAGAAAGACAAAAAAGACAAACAAACAAACAAACAAACAAAAAAUCGGGAACGUCCAGGCCACGUAAGAAAGAUUCGUUUUUAACCAAUUGUACAGUGUAUUUUUUUUUUCUUUUUUCUCCUUUUUUUUUCAUCUUUUCUCGUCCAGCGAACACGCUACCGAAUUCGUCUCUCCGAGGCGGGGCCCCGUCCCGGCGGUUAAUUCUCUUUAUUUUAUUUUAUUUCAUUUUUUUUUUUUUUUUUUUUUUUUUUUUUUUUUUUAAUUUUUAGUUUUUUCUCGGUCUGUUCGGUGGCCACUAACCUCGCCGGGGCCGGUCUUGGGGGUUGGAGAAAAACGGGCGCGGGGGGAUGGAUUGCCAGCAGGUCGUGGGGGACGGUAGGGUUUUGGGGUGUUGGUUUUUUUUUUUGGUUAUUUGGUUAUUUUUUUCCCCCACCCUCUAUCGUUUUGAUUUUGCUUUUUUGUUUUCGUUGGUCCUCCUCCUCCUCCUCCUCCUCCUCCUCCAGCUUCUACGAACAUCCUCCCCCUUUCUCCCCCCCCCCCGUCCGUCGUCCCCCGCCCCGUCCACACCACCCUGUAACCGCAGAGAAGGAGAGAGAGAUAGAGAGAGGAGGGGAAAAGAGAGAGAGAGAGAGAGAAAAAAAACCAACCGCGGCCGUUGUGUUGACAUCCUGAAUGCUUCUCAGUAAAUACAAUUUUUUUUUUUUUUUAAA